AUGCUUUUCCACCUCUUCACCCUGUCGUUCACGCCGACGAGCGUGCCAACAAUCACUAUCGCACCCGGCGUCAAAAUGCCGCUCGCGGGAGUCGGCACGUGGCAGUACAACGCGACGGUCGCAGAGAGAGUAGUGGCAGAGGCCCUUGGCCUGGGCUAUCGGCACGUCGAUACGGCACUGAAUUACCACAAUCAGGAUGGCGUUGGCCGAGCCAUCGCCGCCGCCAUCGACGGCAGCCGCCUCACGCGCCGCGACCUCUUCUUGGUUUCCAAGAUCCCA